AUGCAACCGCUGUCGGCGUCAAACGGGGCGAAUAAUGGAAAAAAAGUGCUGAAAUUGAUGGAUGUCGCGACGAUUGUUGAUGGCAACGUCCUCAUUUCCGGCCUUAUAUGGAGUUGCUCUGGAAAUGUUCGGGAGUCAGCUUCAAGUGAGUACUGUAGAUGGCUCGCAACUUUUAAAAGGUCUUCUAUUCCGUUCAGAUGUACCUUGCCAGUCCGCAUGUGUAGAAGCUUUUAAAUCGGGUGAUUUGAAGCUCAAAAGUUUUCGAAUGCUUUAUCACUUCGACGGGGGAUUAGCAACUGCAGAUUCAUAUAUUUAAAAAAAAACUGUCCAAAACGUUUUUGCAGUAUUUGAAAACUACAGUUUCUGAAUAAUUUUAAGUUAAAGUACUGGUAAAUUUAUAAAACAUAUUUCAAAAAAUCCAUGCGAAACUUAUUCACAAAAUCCAAAAAAAAAUCGUGAAGGUCUUUGGAAUGAGGAAGAUGAAACAGUGUGCAAAUGUAGUGAAGAGACUGGAAAAUUAAGGCUCAAAUACGUCAUUUUCUGAAAAGUAUCCGUCAAGUGUGAUCCACACCUUUACAAAAAAACUGGAACGUCCUAAGACUAUUUCCUUUUUUCCAUUUCUUAAGAAAUGAUGAACAAAACUUUGAUUUUAGUUAUGAGUCAUUCAAACUAAUGAGUAUUAUAUGAAAACUGGAAAAAGAAAACAGAUACUAAUCAAAAUAAUUAAUCUCGCUGCAAAACAAAAAGAAAACUUCAGCAAAAAAUAGUAGUUGCGCUGCUAAUUAAAUUCGCCGAUCAAAUUUUUCUAGAUAGCUUUAAAAGAUGAUGCGAGAGAUAUUGUUUUUUGAAGACCAGAAAAAUAUAAAAAAUCUAAUAAUUUUCCAAUUUAUUCGGUACGAAAACUUAGUUACUCCAGAAAGAAAAGUGAGACUCGCGAAGUUAAACAGCGACUUCAACGUCGAAAAAGUUUCAAAAAAUAUGAACAAUAUAAAAAAAAAAAUGAAAAAAAAAAUUGCGAGUGGACGUUUGUUUUGAGUUGCCAUCGUAGCCGCAAGAGAAAAUGGAAUUGGCGUCGACGAAAAUGAAAAAUGCAAAACGAGUUGCGAGCGAGGAAAUUAUAAUGGGCGAUGAUGAGACUUGGCAAAACGUUUGGCGACAUGGAUCCGCCGUCCGACGUCAUCUGGAGCGACACAUCUCCUGA